GGUCCAAAGUCCCGGUGUUGGUGAUGCCAGGUUCAGCGUGCUCAGACACACAUGGGCCCUGGAUGGACCCUGUCCCCUCCCCUCCCAUUGCCCAGGGCUCUUCACCUGGUUCUUCAGGCUUCAGCCCCCUCCUUAGACUGGGCUCUUUGUGGUGCUGAGGGACCUUCAGUCCGGAUCCAGUGCCAUCAUGACAAAGGAUUAUCAAGAUUUCCAGCACCUGGACAAUGAUAAUGACCAUCAUCAACUCCGGAGAGGGCCUCCUCCCACUCCACGGCUCUUGCAGCGACUCUGCUCUGGAUCCCGCCUCCUCCUGCUCUCCUUGAGCCUCAGCAUCCUGUUGCUGGUGGUUGUCUGUGUGAUCACAUCCCAAAAUUCCCAACUCCGGGAAGAUCUGCUGGCUCUAAGGCAGAAUUUCAGCAACCUCACUGUGAGCACUGAGGACCAGGUCAAGGCCUUGAGCACCCAGGGAAGUAGUGUGGGAAGAAAGAUGAAGUCAGUGGAGUCGAAGAUGGAAAAACAGCAGAAGGAUCUGACUGAAGAUCACUCCAGUUUGCUACUGCACGUGAAGCAGUUAGUGUCUGACGUGCGAAGCUUGAGCUGCCAGAUGGCUGCAUUUCGGGGCAAAGGCUCUGAAAUGACCUGCUGCCCCAUCAACUGGGUAGAGUAUGAAGGCAGCUGCUACUGGUUCUCCACCUCUGUGAGGUCUUGGACCGAAGCUGACAAGUACUGCCAGCUGGAAAAUGCCCACCUGGUGGUGGUGACCUCCGGGGAUGAACAGAACUUCGUCCAGCGCCACAUGGGCCCCUUAAACACUUGGAUUGGCCUAACUGACCAGAAUGGGCCCUGGAAAUGGGUGGAUGGAACAGACUACGAGACAGGCUUCAAGAAUUGGAGACCAGAGCAGCCGGAUAACUGGUACGGACAUGGGCUUGGAGGGGGCGAGGACUGCGCCCACUUCACGACGGAUGGCCGCUGGAAUGACGACGUCUGCAGGAGGCCCUACCGCUGGGUCUGUGAGACAAAGUUGGACAAGGCUAAUUAGGAACCUUCCUUCCCCUCAUUUAUAUCCUUAAUUCCUUGAGCUGCUGAGGUUUAGAACUGGUAGAGCCUACCUAAGGGUCUCCCCAUCUUCAGGAACUCUCAUUUAGGUAGGAUUUUUAAAGGACCGGUAAAGAAUGGUGUUUAAGAAAUGAUGUUUGAUGCCUGGUGGUGGUAGGGGUGCAUAUUGAAACCCAGCGUGCAGUUCUCUUCUGUCAGCUUUUUUUUUUUUUUUUUUUUUUAGAGUAAAAAGAAGAGAAAUAA